AUGUCGUCGCAGGGCCCUCCCCCUCCGCCGGAGAGGGCCCCAUCGGCCUUCGCCGACAGCCUCCAUCUUGCCUCCUCGCAGCAGCACGCGCAAUUGAUGCAGCACGCGCAAUUGAUGCAGCACGCCCAAGCGGUGCAGCACGCCCAAGCGGUGCAGCACGCCCAAGCGGUGCAGCACGCCCAAGCGGUGCAGCACGCCCAAGCGGUGCAGCACGCCCAGCAUGCCCUGCACGGGCAGUACCACCACUUCCCGCCGCAGCAUCAGCCCCCGCAGCAGUAUGCCCCCCGGGCGCCGUACUCGCACCCCGGGCCCGAGGAGCUGGUGCCGGCUCGGGGACCGCAGCCCCCCGGCCAUCAGCCGGCCCCGCCCACCGAGCGCCAGCACCUGGACCCCCAGCGCGGGGGCCACCACCCCCCGGCCGGGGAGCCGGGCCCGGUCCGGGGGCCCGGCGGGGCCCUCCUCUCACCGGCCGAGAUCCUCGGCUUCCACGGCCAAGAUACAUACUACUGGACUGCGCACUCGGCCAUUUCCUUCCGGCCGGCCCCCUCCUCCACCACGCCCGGGCCCAAGCACAGCCCGAUCUCCUUCUUCGGCAACUCCGGCAGCGGGUCCGACCAGUCCCCGGCCUCGGACUCGGAGGACGCCGAGGCGGAUGACCGCCACCACCCGGUCGCCAGCCGGCUGCCAGUGGUAUACCACUCGCACCGGCCCGGGACCGGGGGCGCCGCACUCCCGGCGCCCGGGCCGCCAGCCGACCGUCCUCGCCCAGCCGCAGCCCAUGACGCCCUGGCGCACCGGCACCCGGACUACUUGCCGGCGGCCGGCCCCCCCCGGGCAGUGGCCACGGCCCCCGGGCCGGGCGAAUGGCCGGCCUCCCUGGCCACCGCCACCACGAUGCCGGGGACCGUGGCCGGGUCGGCACCGGUCCCGAUGUCGGCCUCCGGCCCGGGCCCGGCCGCGAGUCUCGCCUCGGCAGCCUUCCCCCAGCGGACCCUGCCGUCACAGCAUCAUGUCCAUGCCCCGGCCGGGGGCGCCCUGGCGGCGACUGCCGGCGUUUCCUCCUUCGCCUAUGACGUGGGCGCUGUUCCGCCAGCCGCCGGGGCCGCCUGGCCCGGGGGGCUCCUCUCCUCGCACUCGCGCUCCGGCUCUUCGCCAUCUCCCGGGCCCUCGAGCGGCCGGGCCGACAGCGACCCGCCCAAGGCCGGCGGCCCGGCGCCGGCCCCGCCCACUGGGCUCCCCUCGCCGCGGUCCUUCGGCGACAGGUCAUCCUGCCCGGGCCCGGCGGCCACCAUGACGGCCUUCCCCCGGCCGUCGGCCCCCGCUGGCCGGGCCCCGGCGCCGGCCAUGCCGGCAUACCACCUGCCACGCCCCCUGGGCCCGGGCGAUCACCCGCAUGCCAGCUCGGAGCAUCGACUCCUGAUGACGGCCAUGUCGCCGGUGUCGCCGGACUCCAUGGCUCCCCGCCGCUACUCCCCCUCGACAAUGGUGGCCACGGCGGGGCCGGUGGCAGCGCUCCCCGUGGCGACCGAGGUCUCGCCCCUUCCGCUGGGGGCCACCCAGCCCCGGCCGCCGGGGCCCGGGCUCCUGCCCCCCCCGGGCGUCCAUCCCGCCUGGCAUGAUGAGGCCCUGGGCGCCGCGCUGCCGCCGCAUCAUGGGCACCACCAUCCCCCCCGGGGGGCGGCCCAUCGCGCGGAAAAGCCCGGCGAUCUUGCAAGCGCAACACCCCCCCUCUAUCCUCAUGGCCAGCACCAGCAGUAUCCGCACUAUACCAUUCACCGGGGGAUAGCUGCGAGCGCAUCCGCCGCCUCGCCGCCGGUGCCUCUCUUGCAGACGGUAUCCCCCCCGCUGUCGACCCCGUCCGAGUCCUUCCCCAGUCCGCACCAUCCGGCACCCGGGGCCAAUGUCCAUGCCGGGCCCGCCCCGCGCAUGGGCCCGCCAGCCAUGGCCGGCCCGCGCUCAUGUCCCGGGGGGAUAUCCUCCGGCUUCGGACUGGUCGACGGCGGCCCCGGACCCCCGGCCGCCACGGCGCCGGUGUCCUCCUCCUCCUCCUCCUCCUCCUCCUUUUCUUCCUCUUCCUCCUCCUCCUCCUCCUCCCCCGCGGCGCCCUCUCCCCUUAUGUUCCAUGCUCCGACUGCCUACCGUCCUGGGGCCACCUCCCUGCCGGGCACCGCGGCGGCCAGCCCUUAUCAGCACCUGUCGAGCCCGUAUGGCAUCGGAGCGCCCGUCUCAUCGCCCUUGCAAGCGCCGGGACAUGCCGGCCACCACCUCCCCCCGCCAUCAUAUCACCACCCUCAGUCCAGCCGGCCGAUGCCCCACACGCCCAUCUCGCUCUUUGGGAUGACUCCCUCGCCGAUGGCGCCGGGCCCCUCGCCGGCCGCGCCAUCCCCCCGGUGGCCCGGGCCCGGGCCCGCCGGUGGCGGCCCUCUUGAACACUCGGCCCACCAGCACCCCCCCUCGGUCAGCCCCGGGGCCGGGUCCUGGCCCUCGUCGGCCUCCCUGCCGCCGGGGCCGCCUGCGCCCCAGCCACUCCCCCAGCAGCGGCUGCCGCCUCCCCGGGCCCGGCCGUGCCAGUUCGGGCCGGGAUCCGUCGAGUCGGACCCCUCGCCGGCUGCGGGCCCCUCGCCGGCCGUCGCGACCAUCGCCGGGUGCCAGUCCCCCGGCCGGUCGGCCCUCAUUCGCCAGCGCCACGAGGGCCACGAAGAGGAGCCGGCGGCACACCACCAGCCGCACCGGCGGCAGACGUCCGCCACACCACCCGGGCCCAGGCCGGCCAAGCGCGCGCGCCAGGCCACCGGCCGAUCGCUGGCCACACCGGACCCCGGAACCGCCGGCGGGCCCUCUUCCUCGGAGACGACCACCCCCCAGGCAGGGUCGAACCCCGGCACGCCGGCCAAGGCCGGCGGCGCCGGCGGGCCGGCUCUCCUGUCGCCGGAGCUCUUCCGCAGCUCGGCGGUCAUCGUCCACAGCUUCACAUUCCCCCCGGCCCCAGGCGCCGGCGCCGGCCCCGGUCCCCUCCCCCCCGGGCAGCACCCUCCGCCGCACCGGGAGCCGCCGCCAUCGACGCACGCUGCCCCGCUGGAGGGGGUCCUCCUGCUGGAGCCCAUGCGCCUGCUGAAUAUCCAGUCGUACUCCAGCUUGACGCAGCGCUUCCCCGGGGUGUCGCGCGCGCGCGUCGCCCUCGACACCCGGCGCAUCGGGCAGUUGAACAAUUAUCGGAAGAUCUCCCGCGACAAUGGCGUGGUCAGCCUCAAGCGCCCGGUGUACUUGGUGCCGGAGCGCAGCGUGCCGGCCAUGCUGGCCGAGGCCGGCUGGAGCGGCAUCGUCUACCUCAAGCAGAUCCGCCUCGACCACGAGGGGGCCAUCAUCUCCGAGAGCCUGGCCAGCGUGAGCGUGGAUGCCGCCGGCGCCGGUGGGAGGGUGCCGCCGGCCGGGGUCUGAGCGCGCCACGCCGGGGCGCGUGGCGAGCGCCUCCCCCCCCCCCCCUGGUACC